ACGUUGCGCGCGCAACCACCGCCAUCUUUGAAAAUCAAGAGGUGUGCGUACACAGCACAGGUCCACAAGCCUUCUCCCCAAAGUUAGUUUAAUUAAGAUAACGUUACAUAAACAACUUUGGCCGAACAUGGCUAACCGAAAUAUGCAGCAAGCAAACAUGCAAAGCUGUAAUUCUCCUCAACAAGCGAGACGCGGGACCGACUCCCCGGCCCCGGAGCAGUCACCGGCGAACAAAGACAGCCCAACGCCGCAGCAGCAGCAGUCACCCGCGGCCGAACAAGGGGAAGUAGCCGGAGAAGGAAGCGAAGAAGGCCGGGAGGAAAUGACUCUGGAUAUUACGAGUUUUCGGAAGCCCGGUGAGAAGACGUUCACCCAGCGCUCACGCCUUUUUGUCGGAAACCUCCCGGUGGAUAUCCCGGAGGAGGAGUUCAAAAACAUGUUUGCUAAAUAUGGGGACGUUGGCGAGGUUUUCAUCAACAGAGACCGGGGGUUCGGCUUCGUUCGGUUGGAAACCCGGACGCUGGCAGAGAUUGCUAAAGCUGAGCUGGAUGGGACUAUUUUGAAUAAUCGACCAAUCAGGAUCCGGUUUGCUACACACGGUGCUGCGCUUACAGUGCGAAACCUGUUGCCUGUAGUAACAAAUGAACUGCUUGAACAGGCGUUUUCUGAGUUUGGGCCGGUGGAACGGGCUAUUGUCGUGACAGAUGACCGUGGUCGUCCCACUGGGAGAGGCAUUGUGGAGUUUGCAAGUAAAGCAGCUGCACGUAAGGCCCUAGAGCGCUGCAAAGAGGGAGCGCUGCUGCUGACCACCACACCUUGUCCAGCCAUUGUGGAGCCCUCGGAGCACUUUGAUGAUGAGGAUGGACAGCCUGAAAAACUGCUGCAUAAGACUCCAAAGUACUACAAGGAACGAGAGCAGAUGCCGCAUUUUGCUCAGCCGGGGACAUUUGAGUUUGAAUAUUCGUCUCGCUGGAAAGCUCUUCAUGAGAUGGAGAAACAGCAAAGAGAACAGGUGGACAAGAACAUUAAAGAGGCCAAAGAGAAACUGGAGGCUGAGCUAGAAGCUGCCAAACAUGAACAUCAGCUCAUGUUAAUGAGACAAGAUCUAAUGAGACGUCAGGAGGAGCUGAGGAGACUGGAGGAGCUCCGCAACCAGGAGCUGCAGAGGCGAAAGCAGAUAGAGAUGAGGCAUGAAGAGGAGCGGAGAAGGAGAGAGGAGGAGAUGAUGAGACACAGAGAACAGGAGGACCUGAGACGCCACCCAGAUGGCUUCAAACCAAACUACCUGGACAAUGUCCUGUUUGUGUCCUGCCUCCAGUGAAGGAAUAGGUAAAUAAACACACCCACACACACAGUGUUUACAACUCUGCAGGUCCAUUGUAUUGUAUUUUAAAUGAUGUGGACAUCAAUAUUUUUAAUAAGAUAUAAUUUUGUACUGCAGCCUCAGACCCCAUUAAUAAAUACCUAGGGUUGAUACAAACUAUAUUGUCCUCAAAGGGCAAUUUGGCCUACAGACUGCAGACAAUGAUUACUAAAUAUAAAAUGUGUAUAUUUUUUUUCUUGUAAUUUGAAAGUGAACAUGAGAUGCAGAACAAGAACAGUAGGGCUAGGAUGGGGUCAUCAGUUAAACACAGACAAAUACACAGGUACAGAUAAUUACACUGGGGAUUCGGCAAUGUUGCCUCUUGGUAUUAAAAACAAAAAGAAACCAGAAGGGUACUCGGAGAGCGUAGACCUCUGCCAAGCCAUAACCUAUCUCACAAUGUUAAUGCAGCGUGUAUUUUCCCAGUCUGGAAAUCAUUUUUCCAAUUAUUCCAACACCACAUGAGUGCAGCACAAAUGCCCUAUCUCACAAUGUUAACGAAAGUGAAAAAUAAUUUGUGUAUCCGCCCCGGGAUUCAAAUCCACUGCAGUAGGUUUUCCGUAAUCCUCCCGACUGACAAACAAACAGACAGACCGAGCCGAAAACAUGACCUCUUUGGCGGAGGAAAUGCAGAAAAAUGGUUAAAGAAACAGCCAGUGUCUAUUUCCUGAGAGUAACAAUUUCAUCCAGUAUUUUUUACCCAUGUCUUGCUAUAGUUAAACAUUGUAAGUCAUAUUUUCCAUGAAACAUAGUUCAUAGUAGGAGAGGGGUUCGUUAGGUGUUUUUUACUUAGCAGCCAUAAAGAACCUCAGGAGGUACAUAAUCACUUUAACACAAAACUUUAGGCAGAUCUCAUAUUGAAUAUUCAAUAGUGCGUACGGGAUGAAAAGAUAUAUCUUUCAAAACUUUAAGCAAAGUCAGAGCAUAUGUACUGUAUGUAUGAUUCUUUGAACAUAAUUUCAAUAGAGAGUAGAGACAAGUCAGCACCGACAUACUGUCCUGGAUAAGUCAAGGAUAAUCGUCAGUUCUCUGUACUGUUUUGUUACAUUUUGAUACAAUAAAUCACCACAAAAUUAAGACAUUUUUGUCAUUGUGGUGCCUAGCAGCUCAUAAAUAGUAGCGGUUGGCAUUCCGCAUUCAACGUUCAGUGUUCCACUGCUGUUAAUCUCCAUUGUUCAAAAGUACAAAUCAUUAUUAAAAGAAGAGGAAUCCAUGGUUAAGGUGGAUGACAUUUAUACAACAUUAUGUAAUUGCACAGAUAGAUUUUUAAACAUUGUAUUGUAUCCACAUUAAAUAAAGAAGAUUUAUAAAAACCAUGUCUCUAAUGCCUCUGAUUUUGACCUUUCUGUUAUUGAUGUAAAUGAUUUGCUGUUGAUUUUUAUGUUAAAACAUUUCAUGUUUCACUUUUUCCUGCCCUAUUAAACGUGUAAUAAUAAACAGAUUAACAGAUGAAGAGAUUGAAUGCUGUACCAGUAAACUAGAUGAAACCCUCAAACAUUUGAUUUGUUAAUUGGGUUAUGUCUGUAAUUGAUGAACAAAGAUAAUUGUUAUAUUGUGGCAGGAGUUUUUGGUCCAUUUGUAGAAACAGAACAACUUUAUUGU